AUGGAUUCGACUUCUCUGCGGUACGAACUGACGCUAGAGACAUCUAGUGAUAAAACAGGAUUAAGGGAAGAUGAAGUGCGACCUACAGAAAUGGCGCCAGUAUUUUCCACAAACUUUAGAACUUCUGCUUUAUCCUCAUCGCCUUUGAAAACGACUUCAAGUGGAGGACACCAAGAUUUGUGUUCCGAAGACAUUUCGACUUGUGGAUCGCAUGGAAGCACAGAUCAGGAGAUUGUCGCUAUGUCACCUGGGGCAGUGCAAAUCCCUGCAAACCAACUGCAAAAUGACUGCCAUAUGUCUCCGUUUAUUAGCUACCGGCACAACUACUGUACCAGAGGUGAAUACCCGACAAACUCCUCACUUUAUCAGCAUUGGCCACUAGAAUAUCCCCAAGUUGCACCUGUUCAAACGCAGGCAAAUCCCAACAAUCAGGGUACGCCUGCCUUUUACCAUUCUCAGUACUCUGGAACAUCGUAUGAAGCAGGAACACUCAAUACUGCAAUGCCCGGUGUCCCAAGGCCUUUAGCACUGGGACUAGCAUCGCAUUGGUCAAUGUCGCAGAAUCCUACACACAGACAAAGAAAGAAGCGAAUCCCCUACAGCAAACAACAAAUCGCUGAACUGGAAAUGGCUUUUGAAAAUAAUCGAUUCCUCACCCCUGAGGUCCGAUUAAACAUCUCUUUUAGGUUAGGUUUAACAGAAAGACAGGUGAAGACAUGGUUCCAAAACCAGCGACAGAAAGAGAAAAAACUUCUUCGUGUGCAGCAACAAUUGAUAAAGCCAAGUUGUCCUGGACUGUGA